AUACCCUUUAUUUAAAUGAGGUUAUGUACGUUUAUGUAUAAACUUGUCCCAUUAAAAUGUAGGCAUAAUUUAGUAAAUAUUUGUAUAAAGGACUUCAAACGGAUUAUAGUUUACUAAAAUGAACAUUAAACAGUUUAUAGACUAUCUAGGCCUAGUUCAAAAUAUUGGUGAAAAAUUUAAGUAGGCCUGGGGCAAGUUACAAUAUUACCAUCAGCUAGACUUGCCUCUACUCGUAUAAAUUAAGGUUUACUGAUUAUAAGAUUUGUUGACUGUCAUGCUAUUUUAAUAGAGUCACUUAAAAACUAAUGUAGCCUAAAGGAAACUACUGUUUCAUAACAUUUAUAAACAUAACCUCUUAGAGCCUACAUGUCUUUGCCAGCAAAGCUUUGUAAAGUAAGUUAAUUAAGUUUUUUUAUUAAAUUUAAUUGGUUUCCCCACAAGGACUUUUCAUUUAGAAUACUUGUAAAUUGGGGCUUAAUCAUGAAUACACUCACAAAUGUAACAACUGUAUAUAAGUUCAGAGGGAAAGAAUAUCUUGUAAGUUUGAGCUCUGUGAAACAUCGCACUGGAACCAUUGAACUCAAGAUUACUGACAAAAAGUCUUUGGAAGAAUGGCAAGGUUUGUAUGAUGCAGCGUAUAUUGAAAAUCUCACUCAGAAGACUGGAAACUUUAAGCGAUAUGAUACUUUUCUCUCAAUGCUCAAAUCUGCUCUUCUUAAUUCAAGCCAAUGUGUUUCACUUGAUUUACUUACACUUGAAGAUUUAGAAAUGUUGAGAAAUAGAGGAAGUUCUCAUUCUCAGGGUUUUACUACCGGUACUUCUCAUUCAUCCCAGAUGUUUUCAUCAUCUAACAACAGACGAUACCUUAUUGUUACUUAUACUGUGGAAUAUGACAGAAUACAUUAUCCUUUGGCACUGGAGUAUGCUGGUCCACCAGAUCCUAAGAUUUUACAAGAAACCAUCCAAAGAUUAGAGAAACAAGUUGUUUUUCUAGAGAGUCAAUUAAGUAGCAAUAACGUGGAAGAAAUCACAAGUCAGAUUGACUCAUUACAAAAAAAGGUAGUUGAUGUGACUACUGAAAAUAUUAUGUUAAAGGAACAAAUAAAGAAGGUUAACAGUGUACAAGUAGGAAAGUACACACGUAAAGAAAUGGAUAUUUUGUUCAAAUCAUUGUAUAGUCUAGAGAACAAAUUAAAAAUUGAACGUGAAAACACGGAUAAAUUAAGGCGUGAAAAUUCUCAGUUGUCAGUUCAAUUAGAGGAAGCUUUCAAAACUGAAAGAUUUUUAAGAUCUCAAUUAAGAGCUUUCCAAUUUGAAUCGCCUUUUAAAAGGAGACAAAAUCAAAAAGCUCAGUCUCCAUCACCUCCUAGAAAUAGAAGCUUGGAUCACUGCUUUGUGAAGCCUUUUCAGCCAAAAAGAGCAACAAACAGAAAAAUAUGGUCUGCAAGUUCUCCUGAACUUGGUCGUAGCUCAAGUGAAGAAGAACCUGUAGUUGACAGAAGAGACUUAGGAAAGCCAAAGCAAAGAUUUCAAUACAAGCUAUCACCAAGAUUUCGAGCUUCUUCGCCAACAUUUUCAGAACUGUCACACAACUCUGGUUUGAGUAAGUGUGGAUGCAGAAAUUGUUUGGAUACAAAAUUCUUGAGAGCAUUUAAUCGUUCAGGAAAAAAUAAAAAUUUAAAAAGAGGACGAGACAAAGAAAAAUUAAUUAAGAGAAUUCAAAGUCUGGAGGAUUUGAUUAGCGGUAUAGUUCUUAAUUGAUUACCUGAUCUACAUACAUUUUUGUAUUCUGUAAUAAUUUUAAUACAUUUUUUGAAUCGUUUGACUGCAACAGUUAUUGAAAAUUUGCAGAACUAUAUUGCUGCUCUUAUUGCUAUAUACUAGGUAUAUUUCUAUUGCUGCUAGCCAUAGUAUAUUGCAAGUUAACAUACAUUGUUUGGAGGUCUUGUUUAUUAUGUUUUAAUAAAAAUUUUAAAAUUAUUAAGCUAUAAUAAAAUUUAUUAAUUUGA